AUGCAGUUUCUGUUGAUGAAACUGUCGCUUACGGCUCCAGUUGAGCAGCUACAGAAGAAAUUCCCAUCGGCGAUCAUCGUCGGUGUUAAAAAGGCUGGCACUCGAGCAUUACUCGAAUUCCUUCGAUUGAAUCCAAAUAUUCGAGCGCCGGGGCCAGAAGUCCAUUUUUUCGAGAAGAACUAUCACAAGGGACUGGAUUGGUACAGGUGA